CAGCACUCACCAACCUACCUUCGCUUUACAUCUUCAAGUAAUUUCCUGCACAUUUGCAACCCCUGUGAUGGCUAUCACACUGGACGGCGGCAUUGCCCUCGUCACGGGCGCUGCCUCAGGAAUCGGGAAGGAGACAGUCUUUGCCCUCGCCCAAGCCGGUGUAGAAGGCAUCAUUCUUGCCGAUCUGAACCAUAGCGGCUCUGAAUCAGUCGCUAAGGAGAGCCAAAAAUGGGCCACUUAUCCUGAGUUUCGCGCGACAACAGUCCAGGUGGACGUUUCUGAUGAGGCCGCCGUGAACAACAUGGUUGACGCAGCAAUCAAAGAAUUUGGCAGAAUUGACUAUUGCGUACACUCAGCGGGGAUUGGUAGUAUUUCCGGGGCGACAACCGAGCAUCUCAAGGUCGAUGUCUAUGACCAGACAAUGACGGUCAAUGCUAGAGGCACAAUGUUGGUUUUGCGAGCUGUCUCAGCCGCGAUGGCCAAACAGGAGCCUCGCAUGCACCAGAGUGCCCGUCACGGUACUUCGCGCAGCCUUGGCCGUGGCUCUAUUGUUGUGGUUAGCUCUGUGAAUGGCACCAUGGUUGCGCCUGGGAUGCUGUCAUAUGCAGCUUCCAAGCACGCUGUAGCAGGAAUAGCCAAAACAGCAGCAAUGGACAACAUCAAGAACCACAUCCGAGUUAAUAUCGUUGCCCCCUUUUACACCGACACACCAAUGUUUGAAGCUAGCCUGAAGCGAGUCCCUGAACUGGGCGCUGCUAUCAAGGCAAUUACCCCAUUGAAAAGAGCUGCAAACCCCGAGGAAGUUGCGGAUCCGAUCGUAUUCCUGUGCAGUUCAGCGGCAAGUUACACGAAUGGAGCCACGCUCAUCAUCGAUAGUGGAAUAACACUCACCAUACCUCGGACCAGUUUGUGAAGCUUUCUCGGAAACGGUAUGCUGCUGGUCUUAUGAUCUAUUCUAUUUCGCUCCGUUGAUGUACAGGCAGAAGAUAGCAUUUUAGUUCAAACUACGAGUCAAAUUCUGCACGUUUGAAGCCUUUAUAGCUAUCUUGUAAGCGUCGACUAGAAAGUGCCCUAUACAUUGCCCUAUAUAGACGCCAAAGGUGUCCAGCUAACUUCAGGUGGUCAAAUGGAAUGGUUUUUU